AUUUUGUUGAAAUGGCGGACGGUAACCUUUGUUAUUUUCGUACUUGUUUAGGUUUUUUAUUGUGGCUUUUGCAGGCUUCAACUCUUUCAUAUGGAGGGCAAAAACUACGAAUGGUUAAUUUGGUGAGUAUACCUCUGAACUCCCGCCAUUUUGAUGGGUUGAGUUACCAAGAAGAUGCAGGUUUUGCUCGUAAUCAUGUUAUCAUGCAAAAUUUUUCAGACUUCCCUAAUAGGUUUGUCUGCUCGAUAAUAUGUACACGUGUAACUUUUUUUCCUGUGCUGGUCAUCUUUUUCGAAACAUGAAAAGAUUCCUCUAAACAAAUCCGAUCAAGCAGAGAAAAAGUCUUCUCACCUAGAAAACGAUCGCAUAUUUAGUAAUCUUGUUAAAGAAAUGUUUACGUCACCAAAUUUUCGUACUAUUCACCGGAUUUCACUGAAAAAUUUCAAGGGAAAUCAUGAACGAAAGUAACAGUGAUGGUUUUUCAGCUUAAAUGCUUCCGCUACGCUCAUUUACUUCCCUAUGUUACUUUAUACAUUUAAAAUAAUGGCUGUAGGCAAUAUAUUUGAAUGAUUUAAUAACAACCUGUUAAAUAGAAAAAGUUAGUCUACAUCAUGAUUUCGCCUCUCAAAAUGUUUUAUCUUCAAAAAUAAAGGGCUGCCCUUUGAUGUUUACUGAUUGGAGAGAUACAGUAUAACACCUAUCACUCUAACUCCGGAGGCAAAAAUGUGACGUACCGUAAUAAUUAACAAGAAAUCAUGUUUUAACCAUUUUUGUGCGCGAUCAACAGUCAAGAGCUUUUGUUAUAUGUAGAAGGUUUAGUGUAGGAAGUUUAAUCAAAUGUAUAACAUUUUCAUAAAUGUUAGUACCUGCAAAUGAAUCAUAAUUUACGAUUGAGACGUGUCAACCCGCCAUGGUCUGACAGUUUCAUCUUUAGAGACCAACUCGUUUUACUAAGUUCGAGUUGAACAAGAGAGAUUUUGACGUGCAAAGUUUGUCUUUUAAUCAGGUUUAUCGACAUGGGGACAGAUCACCUGUAAGAUUUUUUAAAUCAGAUAAGUAUCAAAAUUAUUGGCCACAAGGAGAAGGACAACUUACUCAGGUUAGUUCCUAGACUUAAAAAUGAAAAAUGUUUUUUUACAAUUUGUAUUUUUCACGUGAGGUCCAAAAGGCAAACACCCUAAAAAAAGCGAAUUAUAAUCCUGUAGCAACAAGUUCUUGAGUUAAGAAUGUGAGUCCAUCUGUAUAAAUAGUUUAUUUGUGGCAAAUUUGAACACAUAAACAUAAAGUUAAUUUUGACACUAGUUCAGAGUUGUUAACAUAAUCUGAUUACCAUUUUUUCUAUAUUUACUGUGAAUUAUAGAUAGGAAUGAAACAGGAAUAUGAACUGGGCAGGUUACUGAAGGAUCAUUAUGUUGAAAAGAACAAGCUCCUGAAUUCAUCAUAUCUGUUUAAAGAGGUAGACACCAAUUAAUAUUCAUUUUGUUUUAUUUUUUAUUUUAUACAUUAGCCAUUUUGAUAAAAGUACAACAGUUUACAACUAAUAGUAAAGAAAAAAAACAGUUUAAUAGGGAGGAAAAGUAACAAUAAUAUAAUAUUUUCAAUGAAUGAUUUGUCAACAAUAUAUUCAGAGACUGUGGGAUGUCUAUUGAAAAGAAUAGUAGGUGGAAGAAGAAGGCGCAAUGCUGGGGUUUUAAACAAAAUGUGUGAAUGGGGUGUUACCUAUAUCACAUAGAUAGGAAAAAAGGAUUGUUUAGAUGAAUUUUUAAUAAAUUCCAGGGACCACUACCCAAGCACCACCUUUUGAUGGGAACACUGAGAAUUUUUUCUAAAUCUAUCACACAAGUUAUAACUGAAAAAGAAAUCUGACUUAGUAUUGAUUUUGUUUUUCAACCCCUUGUAACAGAUCUAUGUUCGCAGUAGUGAUAGGGAUCGCUGUAUCAUGAGUGCUCAGGCCCAGCUUAAUGGUCUUUAUCCACCUCAUGGAAAACAGGUAAGGUCACCAUUAUGAAGUAAUGUUCUUGCUCCAGGAUUUGCUAAGGGAUUUGACUAGUUUUUGAAAACUUGAAAAUUGUGAAAAACUUGAUUAAGUUUGCAAAAGAAGUCUGGACAUUUUUUUCGGCUGUGAUAAGCACUCACCCCUGAGCCUGUAAUUUCUAUGAAACACAUUCAUAUCAUGAUAAUAACUAAAUGAGUCAGGGAAUUUAAAUGGUGCAGUUGAAUUGGAGGCUGAUGUGGACAUGAAUGGUAUUAUUGCCUACAAAGUUCAAGAUUUAUGCUUUAAUGGUGUCAUGGAUUAUCAUUGCCAGAAAGAAAAUUCACUCUUAAUGGGAGGUCUCAUUAGAAUGGAGAAAUGAUUGGUGAUCUGUUUCUAGAUAUGGAGGAAUGGUCUGGACUGGCAACCAAUUGGAGUUCAUGUGGUACCAAAGAAUGAGGAUUAUGUAAGUUUUACUUUAUCUAAUUGUAUUAAAAAAGUUGUUUAAAAUUGUUUUCCAUCUAGUAUUCUUAAAUAUCCAUAAUCAUUUAGCUUACAACUGUUUUAAAUAAGUUUAUUCAUGAUCCUGUAUUUUCAUUGGCAAAAAAAUUAUGAAAGAUAUUUGGCAAGAAAACUGAAUUUAAGGUUAUAAAAUGUAGAUCCAAAUUGUAAAUUAUUAGUGCAACAUCUACUGUUACAAAGCAAUUUCAAAAUCACUUAGUACCCUUUCUUAACUAAGUACAUUUUUGGGUUUUACUGUAUAUCUUGUUCACUUCCACAUACCAAAAUGUUUUUCCUUUAAGGUUCAAAUUUGGCUUGAUUGGCUGAUUGAUAUGACUAUAUUUUAUUGGCAUGGGACUUAAUAUUAUCAAUGUUUUACCAGUUGUGAAAGUUAAGUCUUGGUAACAAUUUAGAAAGAACAACUAAAAGGUGACAUGGAAUGUAUUUAGGGAUGUAAAUUUUGGAAAUUAUAAAUUUGAUAGUAUAACAACAUUUGUGCUUAAAAAUCUUCUUAAGGAUUCAAUUCUUGUUAAAGUAGCCUUACUGAUUUCUUCCUUUCUUUAAAAAUAUUGAUGUUGACUUGCAGUUUCUGCGGCCAUAUGAUUACAAUUGCCCUCGCCUCAGUGAGCUGAGUAAAAAUUAUAAACAAGAGGAACAGUACAAAAAUAUGGCCAAACAAAACAAGGUGAGAAGGAUUAUCUUUUCAUUUCCUUGUAAAAACCUUUUGACAAUAGGUUCCUUUUAGUACCCAGGCUUUUUUUUGUUAUUUGUCUGUCUGUCUGUCUAUCUAUCCAUCCAUCAACUGGUCUAUCUAUCUGUCGGAUUCUCAGUCCAUAAAUCCAUUCAUGCCUUAAAUUCAUCAUCUUGAGUCUUGAUUUGUCCAUCUAUUCAUUCAUCCUUCCAUCAUCAAUGUGUCCAUUUUCUGAUCAGAAUUUCUUUGUGCCCCUUAGUCUUAAUGCAUAGCCGUGUGCAAUUAUGAAGAAUAAUGUAUACAUUAUAACAUGUAUUGAGGAUGAUUUGCCAACAUUACCUUGGCAAUUUCUGUUUAAAUGCAGGAGGUACUGGCUUAUAUAUCAGCACAUGCUCAGCAAAAUGUAACUCUAGACAAUGUUUGGGGCAUCUAUGACACACUUUUCUGUGAGGUAUUUAUUGGCAUUUUUGUUUUAAUUAAUAUGCCAAAUUAUGAUGUAUUAUUUGACCUUUGUUUAUUUAAUGGUCAGUAGUUUUUUCAGCAUCAUCCACCUGCAUUUGACUUGACUGUAUUAGUGCAGUUUUCUGUUUUCAGUUUUAAGUAUGUUAAUGUGUACUUAAUGUAUACAGAAAUGUACAUAGUUGAUUUUAUUAAGUUGUCAUUGUAUUAUAACUCAUUAAUUCAGUAAGUUACUGCAAGAGAGUUUAAUAAACUGUUAUUAUUAUAAAUAAAAUUUAUUUUAACCUCUGUGUUGCAUGUAACCUUUGUUUAAAAUUGGUAAUUAUUUAUUUAAAUGUUAUCAAAUGUUUGUCUCUAGCUUCCAGAGAAAUUGAACCUGGUUUUAGUUUUCUUGUUUUGCAUUGAAAUGGUACAUACUAUAAGUUAUGGGAAAUUUUUUGUGAAGAUAGGCCAUCUGCUGGACAAGUUUAAUUAGGUUUUCCAGUCUUGGUUUCUGUUUUUUUUUAGUAUUGGUUUUGUUUGUUUUUUUUUUAAUUUAGAAAUCACAUAACCUGACACUUCCUUCUUGGGCUACAAAUGGCACAACUUGGGAAUCCCUUAGGAAUUUGAGUGAAUUUGAAAUGACAUCAUUAUUCAACUCUCCAGAGAAAGCUAAAUUGACGGGAGGUUUGUCACACUUUCUUAAUUUUUUGUUUUAUUGUUUUAUUGAAAUGAAUCAGUGAAAAGUGAGAAUCAGUUGAUCAUUCAAUGAAAGCAGCCAAUUGAAAUUUGAGAAGCCAUUGCUAUGUUUGCAGCAUUUCUUGAAGCAUUGGUGAGAGAAAUCAAAGAAGAAAUGUGCUAUUAUAAAGCAAACAAACAAACAAAGCUUGACAUCCUUAAUAAAGGAUUGCUCUGCUGUACAGAAUGAACCUUGUUCAGGCAUUCCUAGGCAUCCAUUGUUUCCAAGAUAAGCUUCUAUAAAUAUUGCGUUUAGUAGUUCUGUGGCCAGUGGGAAAAUGCAUCUAAGUUUUGUGGCUUUAAACCAAACCCACUCAGCUUAACUAAUUAUGCCAAAACGUCAGUUUAGAAAUUGUGCAAUUAAUUUAAACAGAUUUAUCAAACUUUCUGACCUGUACUUAGCAAGAACGAGUAUUGUAAACCUCUUGGUCUAGUCUGCCAUGUUUUAUUUUUUUGUAUAAUGCAAAGCAGGUUGGAACCUAUUUACACAGGGGGCCCAAUACACAACACUUUCCUUUCAUGUAUUUUGAAAACUCACAUGGCAAGAUUUUUCAACUUCUUGCCAGCUUCACUUGAAGGUGUAUUUUCAUUGAGGGAAAAUUUAAAAGCUUAAUUAAACUUCUAGAUGGUUGCAUGAUUGAUGAGAAUGUUUUGUUGUUUAACUGUAUUUUUUUCAGGUUUUAUUUUCUCAAUGCCCUCUAAAGGGAUAAUAAUAGUAAUAAAGUUUAUGUUCUCACCCCUUGUCAAAUGGCUUCUGCUGUAAUGAGUCUGAGUCUGACUCAAAACAUAUUUAUGCCCAAGAACAUGUAGUCUAUUGUUAUAUUUUCAUAAUAUUAUUCAGAGUUGAAACUCUUUCCAAGUACAUUUUCAGUAAUGUAUUGUUGUUGAAGCAUAAUGAAUGUUAUUUUGUUUGUCUCUGUUCUUGUAAACAAGAGUAUAUAAAAACAUUGUUUUAAAACUCUAUUAGACAAAAACACGAGGAUAAUACAGUUUAAAACAUAACUUAGACACAACGCACACUCUGAAUGGUCAAACAUCUAUUGUAUAUUUGCUUGUAAACCCAUAGCAAACAGAAACAUCUUCCUUUCCUGUGAGGUGGCGCCACACGAGGUGGAGUCCCAGAUCUAAAUUUAUGAAAGGCUUUUGGUUUGGUUGAAAUGAAAAGGCCAGAGCAACGAAAAAUAUUUUAUUUUUCUUGGGAUUUUUAUUUUAACCUUUUAUUUUUCAUGGGAUGUUGAACUAACUUUUCUUGUGUUCUCCCAACAUCCCAAGUGGUUUAUUAGGCAGUAAAGAUUUUUCUCUGUCAUAUUUUAUAGGAAGUUUAGUGGGUGCCAUUAUCAAGAACAUGCAAGGUUACCUUAAAUCAGAUAGCAAAAAAAUGUACAUUUACUCUGCUGUAAGUAAUUUGAUCUUUAUUUAUUUUUAUUUUACAUGGAAUGAUUCCAUUUAAUUCCCUAUGACACCUUAUUCUUUGUUUGAUCACUAUUUUAAAGACAAAGUUAGAGAGGUUCUCAAACAAUAUGGACCAUACAAGGUUCUUUGUCUGUUCAAGAAAGAAACAGUGAAACAGAAUGUUGUGUAUAUGAAAUAAUUUAUUUAAUAAUUCAUCAUACAACCAUGUAGUUCAUGUGACUAAGAAGUUUAAAAGGUGCUGACCCUGGUGCUGAAAAGCAAAUGAAAGUAAAGAUGAAAAAGAAAGUAUCAAAACCUUAAAAGCACACAGAAAUUUGAAGUUAGGCUUAAUUUAGCAUUUAAUAUUUGAGAAAUGCGCUUUCUGCAGCUGUUGUUUGAUAUGUGAUUGGUACGGGUUUCUUUAAGUCUGCUCAGCAGUCUUCGUUUGUCUUCGUCACGCAACACGAUACCUCAUCCAUCAGCUGGGAAUGAAUUGCGUGACAGGUAGUAGCAUUUUAUGUGACGAGCCCAAAUAAGGAGACAAGUGUUAUGAGAAACUAUCCAGUUUUUUUGUUUGUUUGUCUCUUUUGCGUGCGUGUGUGCGUGUGUGUUCAUAGCAAUUAUUAUUGUAAGGGUAGAACUAAUCCUGAAUUUGAUUGGUUUCAUUUUGUUAUGAGUUCUGUGAUUAGUCUAGAAAUCUCGUCCUAUCUCGUCUCAACCAAUCACAUGCAAAACUAAAACCAAUCACGACCUGGCCAAUCACCGCGUAGUCUAUGAGCAAGCCCUCAUUUUUUCAGCGCCACUGGACGCUCGUUUCUCCGCCCGCAGAGACGAGUCGGGGAGAGGUUUACCAGGGGUCUGGCACUAACUGUUAUCAGUGUUAAACCGCUUGCAGACCUCACGCUGGCUUGCAUGCUCAAGGUCUCCAACUUCCCCGCGAGCAUUGUGCCAAAGCGCUAAUAUAAUGCGGUGUUCAUUGCGCUUCAGGCAAAUCCCUGAGAUGUUCUUCUUUAUUCUGAUAAUUUAGCUUUGGCUUCAGACCACUCAAUCUAAAAGCGUUUUAAACCAUCACAUGUCACUUUUAUUAGCGUCAAUCCCUUAUCAUAGUUAGUAGAGUCUCCUCUACUAACUAUGCCCUUAUCAACAAGUUUAUCUGGUGUAAAGUGCCUUGCUAUCAUGGCAGUUUUAACUCGUACACAUAAUUCACCUUGAUCUUACCAUGUUGUUUGUCUGUGAACGAUACAGCAUGACACUACAGUGGCUGCUUUGCUGAGUGCCCUGAAUAUUUAUGAUGGGAUCCAGCCGGCUUACUCCAGUGCAGUCAUCAUCGAACUCUUCUCAGAUGAAAAUGAUGCUAAGUAAGUGAGGCACGAAAUUCUUCCGAAAAUUUCAAUUGCUGAGGCUAGAAAUGUGUUAACUAACGAAAGGAAAAAGAUCUCGCAUCUUCAACACACAUCAGAUUCACCGUGAAAUAACUUGCUAGUGCGAUAUGUGUUUUGAUCUUUGCGCCUCUUCGUCGAUCUGCUAUUUUUCAACAUGAAAUUGUCGUGCAGACCUCGUAAAGCAAAGUACCGUAAUUCAUCUGAUUGGUCUCAAAUCUUCGCGCGGGCGGAGAAAAGCGCGUUCUGCAGCGCUCAUACGAGGGCCAUACCGUUGGCUACAAGAUGAUAGCCGUGACAAACUUAACUUGAGGAUCCAUUCAUUGCUUUUACUUAUCGAUACUAGCUAUCAAUUGUGACAAGAGAACAUUUAGUUAUUCUCUCUCAGAAGCGACUAAUAGAGAAGGACCAUAUGUGAUAACUGUGGUAAUUUUCCUUGUAUUUUCUUUCGCAGGAAAAAUGCGACGGUUCGUAUAAUGUAUCGAUUUGGCCAAAGCAAAGAUCCAAAGGCUCUCAAGUUGCCAAACUGUCCACAAGAUUGUCCUAUGGAUGACUUCAUCAAGUAAGUGGUUCAGUGGUUCAUCGUCCAAGUCAGCCGGAAGAGAAGAUGUAACUUAGAAUUCCUUUAUUUUGUGGUUACAAAGUGCUUCAUAAUCCAUGUGUGUUUGGACAGUAUGGAAUUACUUCAGGAAUAACGUUUGUUCUCUUGUAUAGAGGGUACGUGGAAAUAUUUCAAUUUAUCACUUUUUAACGUCGACUGUGUAUUUCAUUUUCUUAAUCAGAGCGACUUCGGAUGUUGUUCCUGAUGAUAUCGACAAGGCUUGUGGAAAAACAGCGACAAAACCAGCUGAAGAGAAGUGCGUCCAGACCUUUAGAUACAAGAGUAAGUUGCUUUGUCUUUUGCUGUUGUCGAGCUCAUAAACGCUCUUGUUUUGAAUUCGAUUCUCGUCAGUAAGAGUUGCAGACAAGGCAUAAUAGAGUUGAUUACAAGUGUUUUUACGUUAUGUGUGUGUAAAGCAAACUGCUUGAACGCGAGUGUCUUUCAUGAUUUAUGGACACGAUAGAUGUUUGAAAGGUUUAAAAACUGUACGAGUUGUAGGUGAGUACAAAACCCAUCCUGUUGACCAUGAAUGACGAAGUGUGCGAGUAUUUCAUUCUAUGUUCAUUAUAUUUUCAACAAAAUUAUAGAAUGUGACGUCAAGCCUUGUCGCUGACCAGAAAGGAGAUGCUUUGUGGAUUAUUUUCAUAUCAUGAGCCUUUCUAUUAAACCACGUGGGUCAUUAAGAAUCCCGUUAAACCACCCAUCAACGCCUUCGAUGACUAUGCGCAAUAUUAAAAGCAGUCUUAGUUCUCCUUGCAAUCACCAAUGUUUUUAUAGAAGGACCGAUCGUAAAAAUCUUAUUGCACUUGUUAAUAACGAUCUGCGAAUGUUGGACUAGACAGUAAUGUAUCCCAUCUUCCUAUAUCUCUCAGUAAGUACGUGCGCUAUGCCAUGAUCAAUCAAUUUAGUUUACAGAAUAGACCUCGAACUUAAUUAGUAAGAAAUAUUUCUUCGGAAAAACCUUUUACCACGUGAGAUUCAUCACCCUGAGCUACCAUACACUUUAGAAAAAACAAUUUUUUUGUCUUGCAGGUUUCUUGGCAGCCUUCGUUUCAGUCACUGUUGUGUUGGCUCUUCUUGUGUUCUGUUUGUGCGUCAGGUGCUGUCGCAAGCGAUGCCGAGGAAAUAACAUCACUGUGUACAAUACCGGUCUGCUAAAAGACGCUCGGCUUUUGGACAGACCAGAUUAUGAUUCAGAUACCUGAGCUGUCUUCCAUUUCCAUUCACUUUUAUAUUGUUUAAAAUUUUUUACACAUGUCCUUUUAAGGACUAACCCUCGCUAGAACGAUCAUCAAUAAUAAUUUCUUCAAAAACCUACAUGAUUAUUUUGAUAGAUUUGUUUUUCCUUCACGAGUCGCCUGAGUUGCGCUUAACCAAGGAUCGUGUGCACAACCAUCCUUGUUGCUACAAAUUUCCUUGUAAAUUAACAAAGGCAAUGUCGUGUUAUAUCCAAGUAACACACUCGAUUAUAUAAAUUUGUCGAAUGUAAUGACUUUUCCACUAGAUAAUGUACUUAUAUUGAAAGGAAAAAUUGUAAGCUGAUAAUGAUUAAGACUUUUUAGUGUUGACGGGGUUCCACUGUUAGGAGUUAGUCCGAGAAAAGAUUGUCGGACAAUCAACCAAUUCUUUGCAAACUUGACAAACAAGACGAACUUCGUAUCAAAUAGUAAAGUGACAGGUAAAGAAAAGUACAGGGGAAAAAGAACAAAUCUGAAUCAUUCCUUUAAUCUGCUUUCGAUUGUGGCGUUAAAUUUUUCACUGCGUGUCAUAUUUGUAAGAUAUAUCAAUGUAGGAUGAGGUGUGGAUAUUUUGCAGGGGGUUCAAUGUGUUCUUACUAUAAAAAUGGGUCGGAUAAUACAUAGACUAGUUUUACUCCCAAUGUAGUAGGUUUUGUUCUUCACCAUGAAUGACAUUAAUCACUUUAUUCUCUCUUAUUGAUAUUUAUUAAUUAUGAAAAUUUGGUUUGCAUCCUACAAUAUUGUUUCACACUUUGCAAACGGUGUUGCGUUUGUAGCAUUGUUUUACUCCCAAUGUAGUAGGUUUUGUUUUUCACUAUUAAUGAAAUUAAUCACUUUAUUCUCUCUUGUUGAUAUUUAUUAAUUAGGAAAGUUUUGGUUUGCACUUUACAAUUUUGUUUUACACUUUCCAAACAGUGUAGCGUUUAUGAGUUAUUAUUUCAAAUGGAAUCGAUACAAUGAAUUCAGCAGCUAUAUUUUUAGAACUUUAAAUUAUUAAAGUAGGUAGGAAAUGGUAUUGUUAUCGCUUAUCACAAGCCACAAUGAACUUUGAAAUAAACUGAAUAUUACUGCGGUGUUCACCUCUAUUUUGGGUGAAAGUGUCAUCACUUUUACAAUUGACGAGUUAGC